AUGAAACUAACCACCAUCAGCACUACCUUUCUUAUAUUACUGUCCAUCAAGUACAGCCAACAACAAGAGCAGCAAUUGCGACCAUUGAAUGAAGAGCUUGGAGCCAUCUCUCGAAUUUCAUUAGAUCAUGGAAUGUCAGUUUAUGUCAAUUUUACACAAGCACGCAGGGAAUUGGUUUACAGCACAUGGUUCAACAAUCCAGAAAACUAUCCUUAUUGGGAGAACGCUCUCUGCCUGGCCAUCGUUAUCGGUACUCCUGGCUUGACUGGUCAAGAUCAUUAUGAAAAUCGAUGUGGGUUCCUUCCUUCUUUUGAUGCUUCUGGACGCAAAAAUGUCUUUGGUUCAUUUGGAGAAACUUGCAUUAAGGAUCAAAUACCAAUGGAUCCAUGCAGAGACAAGAUCAAAAUCAGCAACAAUUGCGGCAGCAUCAUGAACCUCAUUCCUCAAUACGAGUCCUUGGCUUCCACUCGCUACCGCGGUCUUCAUCGAAUCACCAGCAGUCGUCUCAAUAUUACGGAUGACAUCAAGCUGAAUCCAGACUGGUACAAAUCCAUCCAUAGCCAAUCCAUACUCAUUGCCUAUACUGAUCAAGCUGAUAUUCACUCUCAAUGGCGCCAGAAGAUUGCAUGUAGCAACAUUGAAUUAGGAAAUGGUACUGUCGAGGAUUUCGAUGUAUUUCCUCGAUAUGACGAUGGAAGCUAUGAUUUCAGUUACUUUCCAUCACUAGGUAGUUUGAAUCAGAUAAGUGCUCCUAUACUAUUAUGGGCCGUAUUCUUGGUACUUUUUGCCAUGUUUAUAAUUUAA